UCAAUCUCUGGAAAAACAGAAGGGAUUUUUUUUCUUUUUCUCUUCCGGUUUUCCACAGGUUUUUUUCACUUUUCACUUUCUUCCUCCCUCCCCCCGACCCUAUUUGUGUUAUCACAACCUUUACCUUGACUAUGCAUGUUGAGGAGACACACCCGGCCACUUCUUUUCUACCAAUCACUGAGACACGCCAAGGAGGUGUACUUCCUGUGUUCUGUGAAAGAAGAGUGGAGCAGAAGAGAGGAGAGUUUUCUAGGAUUGUUUUUUUGUUGUUGCAGAAGGUGGGGGUCCACACACACAGGGGACAGUAGUAGUGGACACACUGCAAGGGAUUUUUGCUUGUGAAAGAGCUACUUGUGGAAUGCCACUACAACUGUAAGGACGGGACAGAGACAAAGAGGAGGGAAGAGAUAAGUGUCAAUCUGUUGAGACUUGUUUGGGAAUUUGAGGAAGGAGGAGAAGUGGGGAGGGGGGUAGAGAGACAGAGAGACAGCCAGCAAGAGGGAGAAAGCCAGGAGAAUUCGGGCGUAAACAUGAACCUUUCAGAAGAGUAGAAACAAGUGAGGAGGAAGCAAAAGAGAGACUGAAAAGUUGUUCAGACAUAUUUGGAAAACAAGUUUGCCAUUUGCACUGUCACCCGGAUAAUGUCAGCACAAGGAACUACUAUGUUGUGCAAUCCAGUGCUUUUGAGCUGAGCUGGAGUAGAGGGGGAAGAUCAUAUCUCCCUAAGGCACACCUUCAGGCUCUUCACAUUUUGGUGCAAUGUAGACCAAAACCGCCCAUCUUUAACACCAGUGACACAAUUUCUAACCUAACAACAAUGGACAGACUUCUCCCUAGUGGAAAGGUCUCUCGGGAUCCAAGUCCUCUGUCAGGAAUGAGAGGCAUCUUCCAUCGAGGAGACAACAAUCAAAAACAAAGCAAGAGGAAGGAGAGCGAAACUCAGAAAAUGAGGGAAGACAAAAUGGUCGGCCUGGAGCGAUCGAUGGACAGACACAGAGCUCCACAUGUCAGAGAUGGAGAAAGAGAGUGGAGAGAUGGAGAACGAAGGCAAACCGAUGGCAGAGACAAACAAUGCAGGCCGCUGUCAAAUGUAGAGUUGCCUCAGCCUGAGCAAGAUGUAAAAACAGGGACAAAGAAAGGCGAUACAUUUCCCAGAGAGAGAAAGGGAGGCAGAGAUUCUAGCUCAAGAAAUAUGGCAGAAGGAGAAAUGAGGCAGAGGGAUAGACCCAAAAGAGAGCAGAUGGAGGACUGGGAAAUGGAAAGAUCCAUGCGCCAGGAUAGAGAAAAAGAAAAGAUCCAAAGAAGGCCAAUAGAAGAGGGAAGAAGACCACCAGAAGAUAUCAGAACACAAAAGAGAGAAAACUAUAAAGUAUCUGGUGUUGAGUUUCAAGACAGGGAAGUAGAAGUGAAUGAUUCAUGGUACAGGAGAGAUAGGGAUGCUGGUAGACAAAGAGAGCAGUUCAGAGGUGUCAUGGAUACAAAGGAUUCUCCACAAAGGAGAAAAAUGUACUCAGAAAGCAGGAAUAAAGGAGAAAUUGAUGAGAGAGAAUUGGAGAGAAGGGAAAAAAUGAGGGACAAAGUAAUAGAGCAGAGGACCCCUUUCAGUAGGAAUGAGGUGUUUUACAGAAGCAGAAGAGCGCGGGGGAAGGAUCGAGGUGGAAACCAGGAGAGAUAUAGUGAAGAAAGACAUAAGAGGAGAGAAAAAGAGGACUCGGAAAGGGAGAGAGAUGUCAGAACAGAAAUGAGACCAGCAGACAGAGAGUGGGAAAGAAGGCAACCAAUCAAAAGUGAUGGCAGGAGGGAAGAUGAUCAAUGUAGAAAUGAGAGACGAGACAGAGAGAGAAAAAAAAGGCAGGAAGAUGGAAGAUCCUUGAGCGAUUCUUCUCCUCGAGUAACACCACGAGGCCAAAGCAGUGGAGAGUGGAGAAGCAAGGGGGAUAGUGACAUGAGGUACAUACAAGAUGCUGAGACAGAACAAAGAAGAGAAGGCAGUGUUGGAAAAGAACCCCAAAUAGAACCAAGGCAAAUGGGUGAGAAAAGACAAAGGCAAAUUGUAGGAGGUGAGAAGUUUGACAGAAAUGAAAGCAUAUCUUGUGGUUUAGACAAGACACGGAUGUGGUUAGAACCACAGAGGGGCAAAUCACAACCAAGGCAAAAAGAGGGGAGGAGAAUAGACGAAAGGGAAAUAAAGUCACUGCAUAAAGGGGAAAGAGAUGUGUGGCAAUUACAAGAGGAUCCUAAUGAGAGGACCAUGACCCAGAGUAGAGUAAGGCAUUUAGAAAUAAGAGGACGCAACGAGGACUCUGAGGGGUUGAGUGUAGAUGGAGACGAGGAGGAAGCCUGGAGAGACAGUUCUAGUGAAGACAAGGAGCCGCUGUCCAACAGUGGUAGAGGGACUGAGGGAAGCUGGAGGAUGGAUAUUCAGGGAGAAAAUUUGUUAAAUAGCACUAGUGGCACAGAGGAAGAAGGUGGGAGCUGUUCUGGGAGUAGAGGAGGGAGUGUCAACAGCUGCAAUCCAAACAGAGACAGAAUGCUGUCUUCAGAGUCCAGCAAUGUGUUUCUGGCCAGUGGGGUAGAUGAUGGGUAUGAGAUGGAGCAGAGAUUUAGGAGCGGGGAGAAAUUUAGUGAACCUAGAAACUCAAACGGAAGAGAAGAGGACUCGGCAGCAGGGGAUGAGGAAGUGAUUAAUGCAGAGCAACAAGGGAGAGAAAAUAAGUCGAUCUUCUGUACAGUUGGGCAAACUGUUUCCCGGUCAAAAACCCACGAGGUGUCACUGUCACAAGAUAAAGAGGGAGGGGUGGAAAUAUAUGACACAAAUAUAGACGAUCAUCAGUGGAGAAGUGAUGAGGACACACGUAAACCUCAGCACCACCCGACACCAAAAGGAAGGAAUCAGCAGCCAAACACGACAAGAGGAGAGAGCCUCACUUCAGGAGACCCAACGGGAGAUGGCUGUGCAGCACCUGUGGACCUUCAAGACAAAGAAGUUGAAGAGAUAAUGAGAAAGAAGCCACUGCCCCCUGAUAUGGGGAUAAAGAAAAGAGACUCAAAGACCGAAAGGCUCCUAGAACAAUGGAGAGAGAAGAACGACAGAAAAGAGGAUCAAGCAUCUUGUAGUGAUCUUCUUCAUUGCAGCAGCUCAGAUCAAAUUCAACCUGAGAUAAAUACUGAAGCAAUGAGUGCAGAGGAGGUGGAGGCCAUACGUAUGCAAAUGAGCGGGAUAUGGAUGGCUCCUGAGCGAACCAAGCGGCGUUCUGAUGCCCCUCACCUUAAAUGGGCCACAAGUAUAGUUCGUGAGAUCCUGGGACACUCUGGUGAACAGACAGAGGAUGAACCAAAUUCGGGGGCAGAAGAAAACCAGCCUGUCAUGCAGACUGUGAAUGAUGAGCAUCAAGAAGAGGCUGAGCGCAAGAGUGUGAACUUGCCUGUUAUGACUCUGACAACAGAUGAUCAACAAUCAGAGCCAGAUCUGGAGGAAGAAGAGGAGGAGGACGACGACUUCGAUUUUAAAGGUGAGAACCAAGAGGUGCCAGAUGAAAAUGGGCAAAAAGUAGAAGAAAGACCAGGAGACAAGACAGUGCACAUAAGAGAGGAGAUCUUGAAGAGCUCCUGCAGUUUUCAGGAUUCUGGUCCUGAAAUUCGUUUACGAAGAAUGAGGAUCCGUAAGACCAAAGAGAGAUGGAACAGAGAGCAUGUUGAUGUGGAAGAAGAAGAAGGUGUUGGAAGAGAUCGCAGAACGAGAAUAUUUUCUUCCUCAAAUGAUAAUGAUAUUCGGAGUAGAAGCUGCGGAGAGACAGAUCUAAGGAAUGCUUUGAACUCAAUUGGAAGACGGAAUAGGAAAAGUUUUUACAAUCGUCCUCAACUCUAUCAGCAGUACAAUGAGGAGACUCAGAACAUCGAGAUUCUGCGUCAGUCUCGCUCCGACACCCUCUCAGUGAGCGAGGGAAACAAUCGCUCCCCCUUACCUUCACCUCCACCCGCUCACAGACCGCUUCCUCCUUUACCGCCUUGCCCACACCCUCAUUCCCUGACCCACUCAUUAUAUGCUCCAGUCAGUGCCCAAACCUUGUCUCUUCCGGACCGACCGCAGAGCGAACGCAGGGCCUCCUCUCCAAGUCUGUCCCUCUCACUCAAGCAGUCGUCUUUACUUUGGCGGGAUCUGCCCAGCGUCUGUCACAACCCUGAGCUGGAGAGGCUCACAGAAGAUCAGAGGCGACUACAGGAGGUGAGAUUUGAAGUGGUGACCUCGGAGGCCUCCUACUGCAGAAGUUUGGACAUUGUUGUUGGACAUUUUGUCAAGAAUAAAGAGCUAGAGAAGCUGCUGACAACUCAGGACAAGAACUGGCUGUUUUCCCGUCUGACUGAAGUUCGGACCAUCAGCCACAGAUUUUUAUCAAAGCUGGAAGAGCGCGUGGAAUCUGAUGUUUUGCACUUUACAGUGUGUGACAUUAUUGCUCAGCAAUGUCGACGCUUCAGAAAGGUUUAUGUGCCCUACCUCACCAACCAGUCAUAUCAGGAUGCCACAUACCAAAGACUCAUGAAUGAAAAUCCUCACUUCAAGCGGAUUGUGGACAACUUGGAGAAGAGUCAUGUUUGUCAGAGGCUUCCUCUCCGUUCCUUCUUGGUGCUUCCGUUCCAAAGGAUCACCAGAAUUAAGCUGCUGGUCCAGAAUAUUGUAAAAAGAACGACCCCUGGAACAAUGGAUGCAGAAAACACCAUUAAAGCUUUAACACAAUUGGAAAGGAUCAUUCAAGAGAGUAAUGACAGCAUCGCUGAAAUGAAAACCAUUGAGUCUUUGGUAUCGCUAAGUGGCAAAGUGGAGUUUGUUGAUUGCAAGACUCUUCCUCUCGUCAGUCAAAAACGGCGGCUGGUGAAAGAAGGUCCCAUCACUCAACUGAUGGAUUUCUCUCUAAAGCAAGCAGAGAGAACCAUUUACUUACAUCUCUUCAAUGACUAUCUGCUAGUAUCAAUACAAAAAGAAGGGGGAAAGUUUACCGUCAUCGAUCACUGCCCUGUGGAGGAACUGCGUACAGAAGACUUCCGAGUCAAAAUCCUGACCCUGCAGAAGAACAGCUUCCGCUUACACUUAUCACAGAAUUCCUUGCUGCUAAGAACUGAGACAAAGAGUGAUAAGCUGCGCUGGAUAUCUGCCCUCUCCAGGAAUUGUCCUACAGUUGAUUUUUCUACUGCAGAAAAUUUAGCACAGAUGCAAUGCAUCAGAGCUUAUGUUAGUCAGCAGCCGGACGAGAUGUCUGUAGAAAAAGCAGACAUCAUUCUGGUUCACCAGGACAGCGGAGACAAUUGGAUAGCGGGGAUUAGACUGUCGGACCAGCAUUUUGGAUGGGUGCCCAAUUCCCAUUUGCAAGUCAUAAGCAACGACAAAGUCAAGAAGCGCAACCUGUCGGAUGCUCUCACGCUGACAAAGGCUAAAGCUGCUGUCUGAGUACGACACUAAGAGUGGCAAUGAGUUGAUGGAUGUCCUGAAUGGAAGUUUCUCCGCUAUGUGCAUUUUUCUACUGAAAAUGGACCAUAACUACUUUGACAUUUCUCUUUGUUAACUGUUCAUGACAGUGCAUUGGCUAAAGAAAAAGUUGGAAAAAUUCAACUAAGUGCAGAAUUAGGCCUCACUUGUUUCACUAUGUGGAAUAAUAAUAAAAAUCAGGCCUGAGAGUGAGUCCCCAUUUACACUCUCAAUGAUUACCUGACAUACUAAGUGCCUUGCUAACAUUGAGGAUUUCAGUGUACACACAUAUCUUAAAUUUUUUUAUUUCCUUUUUUGAGAAAUAUUUUGUCAAGGUACGAAUUGUUUGUAUAUGAUGACCAAGGAAAUAAAAGUGUUUUUUGUUAUUUUUAAAAAAGAAUCUAUGUAUGCAUGGGAGCAGUCAGGUAUGCAUUCUUAACAACACUUCAACUAUGUACAGAGCUUGAACCAAACAUUUAAAUAAAUUCAUGAAAUAAAGAAA